CCACGGCCAAGGGGACCUAACUCUGCCGUUUGGGAAUGCGUAAUAAACAGAAUUGAGAUGCCAUUUUGGCGUGGCCCCACAUUUGUACAGUAUGGACUAGGAAGGUCGUUGAGAAAGUCGUUUAAAUAUCUUGGUAUAUAAAGAGGAAAGGAAGGAAGUAGUAGUAGUAAACUAGCUAGAGAGAAAGUGAGAAAAAUUAAGAGAGAUACCAAAGCCAUGCCAGGAUCUAUCAGAAACCAGAAUCUUAUUAAUAGUCGCCUUGAACGGGGCAUACCACCCGUGGUUCGAACUAGCACCUACACCUACCGUCCUAUCCCUACCCUCUCUUUCCCUCGGAAUAAUGCUUCAAACCCCACCAUUUUUCUUGACAAAUACUUAUCAUCCGACGAGGACGAUGAUGAAGAUGACCACCAAAAUAACGAGUACCUUCAAAUGAUCAAAAAAGGAAAUUCAGAGUUAGAGCCAUCUGUUCACGACACUAGGGACGAAGGUACCGCUGAUAAUUGGGUCGAACGGAACGCUUCCUUGAUUCGUCUUACUGGAAAACAUCCAUUUAACUCCGAACCACCCUUGAACCGGCUCAUGCACCACGGUUUUAUCACACCGGUCCCACUUCAUUACGUUCGUAACCACGGACCGGUUCCCAAGGGCACGUGGGAUGACUGGACCGUGGAAGUCACGGGUCUAGUGAAGCGUUCUAUGAAAUUCACAAUGGACCAGUUGGUUAAUGAAUUCCCUUGUAGAGAAUUGCCCGUUACGCUUGUGUGUGCUGGCAAUCGAAGGAAAGAACAGAACAUGGUUAAACAAACCAUUGGUUUCAACUGGGGUGCCGCUGCCGUUUCAACAACUCUAUGGCGCGGAGUACCCCUUCGCGCCUUGCUGAAACGGUGCGGUAUUUAUAGCAGGAAAAAAGGGGCUCUUAACGUUUGUUUCGAAGGUGCGGAUGUAUUGCCCGGAGGUUGUGGUUCAAAGUAUGGAACCAGCAUUGAGAAGGAAUUUGCAAUGGAUCCAGCACGAGAUAUCAUCAUAGCUUACAUGCAGAACGGAGAAAAAUUGGCACCCGACCACGGGUUUCCAGCACGAAUGAUUAUUCCAGGAUUCAUUGGCGGAAGAAUGGUGAAGUGGUUGAAAAGAAUUGUAGUCACUACCCAAGAGUCCGUGAGCUAUUAUCAUUACAAGGAUAAUAGAGUUCUUCCUUCUCAUGUUAAUGCUGAACUUGCUAAUGCUGAUGGAUGGUGGUACAAGCCAGAAUACAUAAUCAAUGAGCUCAAUAUCAACUCUGUUAUUACAACGCCGAGUCAUGAAGAUAUCUUGCCUAUUAACUCGUGGACGGCUCGACAACCUUACACGUUGAAGGGCUACGCUUAUUCUGGUGGAGGGAAAAAGGUAACACGUGUGGAAGUGACAAUGGAUGGUGGAGACACGUGGCUAGUGUGCAGAGUAGUGCACCCAGAAAAGCCCACAAAGUAUGGCAAGUACUGGUGCUGGUGCUUUUGGUCACUCGAGGUUGAGGUGUUAGGCUUGCUCAGUGCCAAAGAAAUUGCUGUUCGAGCUUGGGAUGAGACCCUCAAUACUCAACCCGAGAAGCUUAUUUGGAACGUCAUGGGAAUGAUGAAUAAUUGCUGGUUCCGAGUGAAGACGAAUGUGGUCAAGCCUCACAAGGGAGAGAUUGCGAUAGUGUUUGAGCACCCGAACCAACCUGGAAACCAGUCAGGUGGAUGGAUGGGGAAGCGGAGAGUCUUGGAGAUAUCAAAAUAAGCACUAUAGGAGAGUUGCAUUCGGAUAUGGAAUAUGGAUUGGGAGAGAUAAGUUUAUUUGUACGUAUUUCCUUUUUUUAUUUUUUAAAAACAAUGUCUUCCUUAUCAUAUAAUCCUAUGUUGCAUAUUAUUUCUGAGAUUGUA